AUGUUCUUAGAUAGAGACACCAGACACAAUACAUACAUCACUUUUGUACCUUCCGUUUUGCAUUGA